AUGCAUUGUGGGUUACUGGAGGAACCCGACAUGGAUUCCACAGAGAGCUGGAUUGAAAGAUGUCUCAACGAAAGUGAAAACAAACGUUAUUCUAGCCACACAUCUCUGGGGAAUGUUUCUAAUGAUGAAAAUGAGGAAAAAGAAAAUAAUAGAGCAUCCAAGCCCCACUCCACUCCUGCUACUCUGCAAUGGCUGGAGGAGAACUAUGAGAUUGCAGAAGGGGUCUGCAUCCCUCGCAGUGCCCUCUACAUGCAUUACCUGGAUUUCUGCGAGAAGAAUGACACCCAGCCCGUCAAUGCUGCCAGCUUUGGAAAGAUCAUAAGGCAGCAGUUUCCUCAGUUAACUACCAGAAGACUCGGGACCCGAGGACAGUCCAAGUAUCAUUACUACGGCAUCGCGGUGAAGGAAAGCUCCCAAUAUUAUGAUGUGAUGUAUUCCAAGAAAGGAGCCGCCUGGGUGAGCGAGACGGGCAAGAAGGAAGUGAGCAAACAGACGGUGGCAUAUUCACCCCGGUCCAAACUUGGAACAUUGCUGCCAGAGUUUCCAAAUGUCAAAGAUCUAAAUCUGCCGGCCAGUCUGCCAGAGGAGAAGGUUUCUACCUUUAUUAUGAUGUACAGAACACACUGUCAGAGAAUACUGGACACUGUAAUAAGAGCCAACUUUGAUGAGGUUCAAAGUUUCCUUCUGCACUUUUGGCAAGGAAUGCCGCCCCACAUGCUGCCCGUGCUGGGCUCCUCCACGGUGGUGAACAUCGUCGGCGUGUGUGACUCCAUCCUCUACAAAGCUAUCUCCGGAGUGCUGAUGCCCACCGUGCUGCAGGCAUUACCUGACAGCUUAACUCAGGUGAUCCGAAAGUUUGCCAAACAGCUGGAUGAGUGGCUAAAAGUGGCUCUCCAUGACCUCCCAGAAAAUUUACGAAACAUCAAGUUUGAAUUGUCGAGAAGAUUUUCCCAAAUUCUGAGACGGCAAACAUCACUAAAUCACCUUUGCCAGGCAUCUCGAACAGUGAUCCACAGUGCAGACAUCACAUUCCAAAUGCUGGAAGACUGGAGGAACGUGGACCUCAACAGCAUCACCAAGCAAACCCUUUACACCAUGGAAGACACUCGAGAUGAGCACCGGAAGCUCAUAAUCCAGUUGUAUCAGGAGUUCGACCAUCUCCUGGAGGAGCAGUCUCCCAUCGAGUCCUACAUCGAGUGGCUGGACACCAUGGUGGACCGGUGUGUUGUGAAGGUGGCUGCCAAGAGGCAAGGGUCCCUGAAGAAGGUGGCCCAGCAGUUCCUCUUGAUGUGGUCCUGUUUUGGCACAAGGGUGAUCCGGGACAUGACCUUGCACAGUGCCCCCAGCUUCGGGUCUUUUCACCUAAUUCACUUGAUGUUUGAUGACUAUGUGCUCUACCUGUUAGAAUCCCUGCACUCCCAGGAGCGCGCCAGUGAGCUCAUGCGAGCCAUGAAGGGAGAAGGAAGCACUGCAGAAGUCCGAGAGGAGAUUAUCUUGACGGAGGCUGCCCCACCAACCCCUUCACCAGUGCCAUCGUUUUCUCCAGCAAAAUCUGCCACGUCCGUGGAAGUGCCACCUCCCUCCUCCCCUGUCAGCAACCCAUCCCCUGAGUACACUGGCCUCAGCACUACAGGAGCGAUGCAGUCAUACACGUGGUCUCUAACAUACACAGUGACAACGGCGGCAGGGUCCCCAGCUGAAAACUCCCAACAGCUGCCCUGUAUGAGGAGUACACACGUGCCUUCCUCCUCGGUCACACACAGGAUCCCAGUUUAUCCCCACAGAGACGAGCACGGAUACACGGGAAGCUAUAACUAUGGGAGCUAUGGCAACCAGCAUCCUCCCCCAAUGCAGAGCCAGUACCCGGCCCUCCCACACGACACGGCCAUCUCGGGACCGCUGCACUACUCCCCGUACCACAGGAGCUCCGCACAGUACCCGUUUAAUAGCCCCACUUCCCGGAUGGAGCCUUGUUUGAUGAGCAGUACUCCCAGACUGCAUCCUACCCCAGUCACCCCCCGAUGGCCAGAGGUGCCCACAGCCAACACGUGCUACACAAGCCCGUCUGUGCAUUCCACAAGGUAUGGAAACUCUAGUGACAUGUACACACCCCUGACCACGCGCAGGAAUUCUGAGUAUGAGCACAUGCAACACUUUCCUGGCUUUGCUUACAUCAACGGAGAGGCCUCCACAGGAUGGGCUAAGUGA